AGUCUGCUACAAAUUUUAAAAAUAUAUUACAAAUAAAGUAAAAAAAAAAAAACACUUUUUGCAUAUAGAGCUGCCGUUUUACAACAAACAAACAAACAACAACAAGAAUAAAGUACAAAACAACAACAAAAAAUAUUUGAAAUAUUCAAUACAAAUUUUUUAAAUAAACAAAGCACUCUACACAACUUACAAAAAACUUAAAACUUAACUUAAAAGAAAAAAACACAAAAAAAAAACAAAAACAAAAUAGAAUACAACACGCAUAAAACCAGUAAAGUUCAAAUCAAAAAUAAAACGAAAUACAAAUCUUGGAGUAGCUUCAAAUUUUCUAUAUACAGAAGAUAUAUACAACAUAACAAAUACAUAUACAUAUAUAAUCACAAGUGGUUUACACUAGCCAACAAAAAGCAGAAAAGGUGUGAAAGUCGAGAGAGGAGAGCCAUACAAGCCAUAAACAAAGAAUUUUUGGAUUGAUUAACUACCUCAAAAAAAUUAAAGAAAACUGAACAGCAAAAUCCCGACAAAAGUGAACAGGAAAUGUGUACAAAAAAAGUUACAGACAAGUAAGACAAAAAGACUCGAAUUAAAAAGAAAAACUGAAAAACGGAGCUUAAAAAAAUUAAUCAUAAAAUCUAAAAGACUCUAAAAAUCAAGGAUUAAAGGAAGUUUUGUUGCUCGUCCAUCCCGGCCCUCCAUCACGACCACCCACCACCCACCCCCCACGCAGUGUAUCCAUAACUGCGUAGCCAUGCCACAGUCCGUGCUUAAAUGGCGUCUUCAAUAUUAGCCCAAAGCCAGAGCACAGGCGACAGCAGCAGCGGCAGCAGCAUUGUCCAUCCCACUGUGGCAGGGGCAACAUCUGUGGCAGCAGCAACCGUGUCCGGAUUGCACAAUACGCACUUGAAUCAACUGAGCAGCCUCAGUCAGCAUUAUACAACGCCAUACCAUCAUCACUACCACGCACAGCAGCAGCAGCAGCAGCAGCAGCAACAGCUACAGCAGCAACAUCAGCAGCAACAGCAGCAGCAGCAGCAGCAGCACUACCAGGAACAGCAACAGCAGCAGCAACAACAUUGGGAGUACUAUGAGAGGCAGCAGCAGCAGCAGACAGCGGCCGCCACUAGCUCCAACAGCAACAACAACAACAACAACAACAGCAAUCAGCAGACAAGCAACGGGAACAACAACGAGACAACGGUUCCUGCACCUUUGGGCAGCAGCGGUCAUGCUAGUGCUGCCAAUGGCCAUGACCAUGCCCAUUCUGGUGGGCACAAUGAUGCCAAUUCUAAUGCCAUUUCCGCCGCCACCGCCGGAGGAGGAGUAGGAGGCAGCACCAGCACCAACGCCAACGCCAACGUCAACGCCAUCGUCAACGCCAACGCCAACGCAGCAAACGCCAACUCAAACUCCAAUUCGAACUCCAACGGAAGCUAUACACGUCCUUGGGAAAUGGAGUCCAAGGAUAGCGGACAACAGUCGCAAUCCCAAAACCAAACGCAUGUCCAGCAGCAGCAGCAGCAGCAGCAGCACCAGCUUCAGCAGCAACAGCAACAGCAGCUGCCUCUGAAGAGCGGCUUCGAGCCAUUUUCCAAGCUGCCGUCGUUCCAGAGUCAGUUUCAUGGGUUCAAUGAUCAGCUAAUGCCGGAUGGGACACCCAUGCCCAUACCCAUGGCAGCAGCAGCAGCAGCAGCGGCAGCAGCCGCCGCAGCAGCCGCAGGAGGAGGCGGCGGAGGAGGAGGAGGAGUUCCACCGAUGAGCUCCCUCCAAACGGUGGCCAUGUCGCCGGCCAGCAUCUCUGUGAGUUCGCCAGGAAUGAUGAGCGUGGGUUCGCCCCUGACGACCCAGCUGCCGGGCUCCAUGCAGACGAGCAUUACGCCGCCAUCGGGCGGGACCAGUUUUCCGGCACCACCGCCGCCGCAGGCCUUCCAUCACCAUGCACUGAAUCCGCACCACCAUCGUGGGGCCCCGGGUGGAUAUCCCCUGGUUGCAGCUCCCACCGCGGCCUACGCAGCGGAUCUGCAGCUAUAUCCGGGAUUUGCGCCACUAAUCAAGAAGGAGCCGGUGGGAGGCAGCAGCGAUUUCGAGAUGCUGAUUAAGAAGGAGGACUUUGAUCUCAGCAACAGUGGCGGUGGCAACAGCCUCAGCCUCAGCCACUUGCCGCAUCCGCAUCCACACUCGCUCCAGCAUCCGCAUCCGCAUGCACAUCCGCAUCCGCAUGGACAUCCGCUGGUAAAGAAGGAGCCGGCCGGCAGCGACUUCGAGAUGAUGCUAAAAAAGGAGACAUCCUUUGAUCUCGGCCAUGGCCACGGCCACUUGCCGCAUCCGCAUCCGCAUCCACAUGCAGCACAUCCGCUCCAGCAUCCGCAUCCCCAUUCGCAUGGACACGGUGUCACGCCCAUGGGGAUGCAUACGCCCACGUCGUACGAUGGCAACAAUAGCAACAGCUAUCCCCAUGCGACCACCACAGGAUCGAGCAGCACCGGUAGCCACACGCCCCACACGACCCAGCCGCACACGCCCACGCCCACGCACACGCCCAUGCCGACGACAACCACGCCCAUCAAGGUGGAGAAGCUGCUGCAGUCGCCGAUAGCACGGCUGGAGGCGCGAAAGAAGGAGAGGCGGAAACAGCGGCCCAAUUCGCUCGAGUCCAGCGCCGAGAGUGAGGCCAGCGGCAUGGACGUGGACCCCAGCAAUCCUGGCCAAGUCGACGCCGUCUCCAGCACGGCCAAUUUCAAGAGUCCGAUGAGCGCCCUCGGCAUGGGCGGGGACAGCAACGACGGCAGCAAUGCCCACGGAUGCGAUAAGCAGUCGAAGAAGAAACGCAAACGCUGCGGCGAAUGCGUUGGGUGCCAGCGCAAGGACAAUUGCGGCGAAUGCGCCCCCUGCCGCAACGACAAGAGCCAUCAGAUCUGCAAGCAGCGACGCUGCGAAAAGCUCACCGAAAAGAAGGAACCCAAAGCCAAAACCAUAAUCUAUGGAGCCGAUGGUCAGCCCGUUCGACCCGAUUCGAAGCGCGGCCGAGGCAAGGGAAAGUCAGCCGGCAACGGUAAUGCCGGUGCCAGUGCCACAGGCAAUGGGACACCAACAACUGGGCAGUCACGCGCCCGCAAAACCUCCACCAAAGCAAACAAACUGAGUGCAGCCGCUGCAUCAGCCACAUCGCCCCGUCUAAGUCCAUCGCCGGCAGCAACACUGUUGCCGCAGCAAUCGCCAAAUACCACAACAGCAACAGUUGCCGCCACCGGAGGUGUCGGAGGAGGUAGCUUGCAGCAGCAGCACCAAUCGCAACAGCAGCAGCAAUACCAGCAGCAGCACCAGCAACUGUUGACACAGCAGCAACUUUUGUCGCAACAGCAGCAACAGCAGCAGCAAUAUCCGCAGCAGCAGCAGCAGCACUUCCAGCAGCAGCAGCAGCAGCAGCAGCAACACUUGCAACAGCAACACGCACAGCAGCAGCAUCAGUCGCAGCAGCAGCAACAUUUGCCACAGCAGCAGCAUCAGAUAACCGCACAAAUUCAAACCAUGAAGGAUCAACCGCAACAGCCAAUGGCACCCAUGGCCUUCUAUCCCACAUGGCAGGCGGAUCCGUCGCAGGGCUGGCAGAACCAGUUCAUACAGCAGAUACCACAGAACAGCCCGGCCAUCACAUCGCUCAACUCGCUGGACUUCCAGACGCAGUCGUACGCCUACCCCUCGAACGGGUACGUGCAGACGGGCCUGGGCUUCGAUCCGAACUACGGCCGGUCGCCGUACGCCGCCCCUGUCCAGCGGUACGACUUCCAGAGCCAGCAGCUCUCCACGGCCCCCUCGGCCAUCAAUCAGGUGGGGCUCCAGAGCGUCGCCGGGUUCGCGCCGGGCAGCGUCAGCUACGCCGGACAGGUGUCCACGGCCCCGGCCCCGCCCUCGUCCUCGGUGGGCGGAGUGGGUGGCCUGCAGCAGCAGCAGCAGACGCAACAGCAGUCCCAGCAGCAGCAGCAGCAGCACCUGGGCGCCGAUCUGAACAAGACGAUGUCGGGAAACGACACGCCUGGAUAUCCGCGGGUGAGCAGCGUGCCGCCGCGCUCACUCAACUGUAACGGGUAUUCAGGCGACUACAGCGGCCCCAGCAGCAGCAGCAGCAGCAACAACAGCAGCAGCAGCAGCAGCAGCAACAACAACAACAGCAAACAAUCACAGCAAGCGACGGCAGCGGGCGUCGGGGGCACCAGCACGCCCGCCCCCCCGGCCACAGUGGCCCAGCCCGCCUCGUCGCCCAUGCAACCACUCCCUAAUCAAGGCCAGCCCCUGGCAGUGCCCCAAAGUCCGACGCGGACCAGCCUCAUCCAGCAGCAGCAGCAGCAACAGCCACGCCUGGUGUCCCAGUCGCCCACCGGCAACGGACUGCAGCCGUACGUGGCGCCCCAACAGCAGCAGCAGCAGCAGCAGGGACACCUCUCCUCGCCCCCCAUGCAGGACUGGAACUGGCAGCAGCAGCAGCAGCAGCAACAGCAGCAGCAACAACAGCAGCUGGGAGGCGAAGGCUAUCCCCAGGGAGAGCGGGUGCACCUGAACACACGCAUCAAGUCGAUGAUCAUGAGGAAGAGCGAUCCCAAGGAUCCGCCGCCCGACCACCAGCUGCAGGGCGCAGUCUCAGCGGCAGCCGCCACCCAGCCGCAGAGCCAGAGCCAGAGCCAGCAGCAGCAGCACCAGCAGACCGGUCAUUUUUUAUCGUAUAGCCACCACCUCCGGCCCGAGGCGGCGCUGAGCGCCAACGGACCGAGCAACGUGCCAUCCCACCAACAGCAGCAGCAACAGCAACAACAGCAGCAGCAGCAGGCGGCGGGACCGGGCGCUGCCGAGCCGAUCGGAGGUGGUGGCGAUCACAUCUGGAAGCCGCACCACGCCCAGUCGUUUAAGAAGCCGACUGUGGCCGGGGGCGGCUAUCCGGGAGCGGAUGCCCAGCUGCAGCUGCAGCUGCAGCAGCACCAGCCAGGACAGCACACGACCAUCAGCCACGCGGAGCUGCCGCCGCAGCAGCCGGUGGCCCAUCCAGCGCCACUGCCGCUGGCCCAGGUCCCGCCGCCGCCUCCGCCUGUCGCACAGCCGAAGAAGUCGCGGAGUCGGAGCAAGGCGAGCCGGGCAGCGGCCGCAGCGGCAGCUGCCGCAGAGGCGGCAGCGGAGAUUGACAGAGACAGGAAUGCCACGGAUCCGGGAGGUGGACUGAAGCCGGGGCUGGGCGCCCACUAUCCGCACCCGCAUCCGGCCGCCGGCCAGGAGUACCACGGCCAGUACAUCAAGACGGAGCCGGGUCUGCCCCCGCCGCCAGGUGGUCCGCCCGGACAGCCCAACAAGAUGGAGGGCUACGAGCGCAACUACCAGAACUUUAUCCAGUACGCGGACUUCUGCCAGAACGACGGCCAGGGACAGCCGGUGCAGCAGCACGGACAUGGCCAUGGACACGGGCACGGCCACGGACACGGGCAUGGGCAUGGGCACGGGCAGCAGGAGUACGCCGGAUACCAUCACAAUUCCGCGUACUAUGGGGCCGGAGCGACCAGCUUCCAACAGAACUUCCAGCAGAACUUUGUGCCCGGCUACCAGCACUCGACGUACGGUGGCAGGGGCAAGCCCCCACCUGGAAACAAUCCACACCAUGGCCACGGACACGGGCACGGGCAGAGCAUGCUGGAGCUGGACCGCAAGCCGGACACCAACAGCAUCAUUCCGCUGCCCACGAACUACGAGAAGGACAUACCAGCCCACGCCUACCCCAUUCCCCCGCAUCGCUAUGCCCUGACGCACGGGGCGCCACCGCACCUCAGUCACCACGGGAUGCUGGAGCCGAAGCUGGAGGACAUGGGGAUGCUGGGCCACGGCCACGGCCAUGGCGGAGGCGGCUACACCUAUCUGGGCGACGGCAAGCCGCUGAACAACGGCUUCUCGUGCUGUCGCCAGGGCGGAACGCGUCCACCCACGGCCGAGCACCUGAAGGACGGCACCUGCCUGGGUCUGGGCAUCCAGCCCAAAGAGGAGCUCCUCGACGAGGACGAGCUGGUGGACGCCCACAACGGGAUGAAGGGCGGCGCCGGGAAGGCAAAGGGAAAGCAGAAGCCGGACGAGAUACCCGAGAUCAUUGUGAAGCACGAGAAGAUCAAUCCCCUGUUCGACACCACGGAUCGCCUGGAGAAGGGCAACAAGACGGAGAUACCCGAGUGCGAGUGCUUCCAGUCCGACAAGAAUCCGCCCGAGCCGGGCACCUACUACACGCACCUUGGAACGGCCUCCUCCCUCAUGGAGUUGCGGCGCGAGUUCGAGGAUCGGUGUCAGCUCACGGGCCGGCAGUUGCGCAUCGAGAAGAUCGUCUACACCGGGAAGGAGGGCAAGACCUCGCAGGGCUGCCCCGUGGCGAAGUGGGUCAUACGCAGGGCCGAUCUCGAGGAGAAGAUACUGGUGGUGGUCAAGAAGCGACCGGGUCAUAGGUGCAUAGCCGCCUACAUUGUGGUCUGUAUGGUGGCCUGGGACGGGAUGCCGCGGCUGGAGGCAGACAAUGCCUACAAGAACCUGAUCCCCAAGCUCAACAAGUACGGCCUGCCCACGACGCGACGCUGUGCUACCAACGAGAACCGAACCUGUGCCUGCCAAGGACUCGAUCCGGAGACAUCGGGGGCGUCGUAUAGCUUCGGGUGCUCGUGGUCGAUGUACUACAAUGGCUGCAAGUACGCCCGCUCCAAGACGGUGCGCAAGUUCCGGCUGUCGGUGAAGAGCGAGGAGGCGGCCAUCGAGGACCACAUGAACCUGAUAGCCACGCUCCUGGCGCCCGUCUUCAAGCAGGUCUGUCCGCGUUCCUACGACAAUCAAACCAAGUACGAGGGAGAGGCCUCGGACUGCCGCCUCGGCCUGGAGCCCGGCAAGCCCUUCUCGGGCGUGACGGCCUGCCUCGACUUCUGCGCCCACUCGCAUCGGGAUCUGCAUAAUAUGCAGGACGGGUGCACAGUCCAUGUGGCCCUGCUGAAGCCCGGCAACCGGGACAGCCGCCUGCCCGACGACGAACAGUUCCACGUCCUGCCCCUCUACACGAUGGACGGCACGGACGAGUUCGAGAGCAUCGAGGGUCAGCGGGACAAGCACCGCACCGGAGCGGUGCAAAUGCUGGACAAAUUCCCCUGCGAAGUACGCGUCCGAUCCACGCCGCUGAUCCCCUGCCGCCGCCAUGGAAAGAAGCGCAAAGAGGGCGACGAGGCGGCUCCCCCGGACGGGGACCAAGACGCCGCCGGGGACGCCAACAGCCAGAGCAGCUCCAGCAACGGAGCAGGCCAGCCGCAGACGCAGUCCCAGCAGAGCAGUCCGCCCGCCCUGGGCGGGGCGCACAUCAAGAAGGAGAACGGAGCGGGAACGGGCGGCAAUGCCAACGGCGGAGGAAGCGGCGCCAAGUCCAAGUCCAAAGCCAAGUCCAAUCAGUCGAACAACUCCAGCGCUUCCACGCCGGGCUCGGCGCCCCCAUCGACGCCCUCGCCCCGCUGCCAGACCCCAGUAACGAACAAUCCCAGCCCGGCGGGCAGUGCCUUCAGCACUCCGCCCGUGCACGGCGCCAAUCCGAACGCCAGCAACGGCGCGGGCGCGGGCGUGGGUCAGGUGGGUGCACCGCCUGGCGCUGCCGGCGCCGGGCAGCAGCAGCAGCCCGGCCAGCUGAUGAGCUCCAACUCGAGCCUGAUGAACAUGGCCACCAUGAUCGACACCUUCACGGACGCCCAGCUGCAGUCCAACCAGAUCUCGAGCACCGUCCUGGACUCGCCCUACUCCUACGACUACCAGACGGGCUCCUACAUCGAUUCGCGCAACUACUACGGCAACUGGCCGGCGCCGCACGCCAUGGGCAUGGGCGGCCAGGCCGGACCUCCGGGAUUGGGAGGAGGACCCCCCGGAGUAGCAGGUGUUCCGCCCCUCACUCCGAACACGCCCACGGCACAGCCCCAAUUGACGGCGCAGCACCACAACACGGUGACGCCGCCCUCGGCCACGGCCGCGUCCACACUUUUGGCAGCGGGAGGAGGAGGAGCGCCUGCCACAGGGCCACCUCCGAUCACGCCCACCACGACGGCCUCGCAGCACGAUGCGACCAACGGCUAUGUGCCAAGCUACAACAACCUGACCCCGACAGCGGUGACCCAUCUGCCGGGCACGGGCACAGGUCCGGGUACGGACAGCCUGCAGCAGCAGCAGCACCAGCAGCAGCAGCAGCAACAGCAGCAGCAGCAGCAACAGCAGCAGCAGAGCGCCGUAACAGGAGUGGGAGGUGUGCCACCCGGAGUGGGGGGAGUGGGCGUGGGAGUGGGAGGAGGAGGAGGAGGAGUAGGAGGCGUAGAGGGAGUGGAGCUGAAGGGCCGCAUGGUCAGCGAGGAGAACCCGGACUCGACGACCCUGGUGAACCACAGCCUAGUGGCCGAGAGUAAGUUAACCGCUUUGACAGCCAUGCAACCCAUGACUAAUCUCGCACCACUCACCACCGUUGCCGCCGCCGCUGCCGCCGCCACCAACCACCAUCCGCCGCACCACCAUCCACACCACCCGCACCACCCGCACCAUCCGCAAGAAGGAUUCGUCAAGCCGAAGCCGCCGCCCAGCGACUACCAGUACACGGCGCAGUACGCCAACAACUACCAGAUGUACCCGCCGCCGCCGCCGCCCCCGCACUCGGCGUACUCCGCCUACGAUGCGUACCAGAACAUGAACUACAACUACGGCUACCACCACCAGGCGUACUCGCCGUACGGCAUGUACCCGCCGCAGCAGACGCCGCCGCCCACGCCGCCACCGCCGUCGCCCAACUGGAACGUGUACGGCCACCAUCAGACAGCGUCCGGCUACGGAGCGGCGAAUCCCGCCGCCGGAGGAGGCGGAACGCUGAUAGCGUCGCACGGGGCCGUUGCGCCGACGAUCGCAGGACUGCAGAAGCCCUCGAUCACGGCCCCCGCACCACUGCACCACCAACAGCAGCAGCAGCAGCAGCAACAGCAGCAGCAGCAUCAGCAGCAGCUGGCGGCAACGCCGCCGCAGACCAUUCUGCCGGAUCUCAACGGAGCUGUGGGCGCUGUCGGCCAGAUGGGAACGCCCUCGGUGGAGCCGACAGUGGCCACGCCAUUGUCGGUGCCGCCGCCCGGUGACUCGACGGGCAGCGACGCCAAUGGUGCGGGCUCGGGAGCAGGAGGCGGACUGGGUGGAACGGGAGGGGGUGGAAGCGGAGGGGGACCCGCGGGACCCACGGCGUCGCCAGUCAGCACCAACUCGAGCAAGAUCGAGCCCAUCGGCGAGGUGGCCGAGAUCAAUGAGAACAUCGAGGCCUUCCAGGAUCCCCAGAUGGGGGGCGUGGCCAUCGCCCUGAACCACGGCAGCGUCCUGAUCGAGUGCGCCAAGCACGAGAUGCACGCGACGACGGCCGUGCGGCGGCCAGACCGCCACCAUCCGACGCGGAUGACGCUGAUCUUCUACCAGCACCGCAACCUGAAUCGCUCCCGGCACGGCAUCGACGAGUGGGAGGAGAAGAUGCGGGUGAAGAAGAUCAACACGGACCUCGACAACAAAGCCAAAGAGGAGCGCGAGCGUCUGCUGAAGAAGGCCGCCGGCGAGGACGACGACCUGGACCUGGACGACGCGAUGCUGGGCCACGACGAUCUGGCACCCGUGCCGCCCUCCGCCAUCAAGAAGGAGAACGGACAGCCGCUCAAGAACGGAGCCAGCGGCAGCAAGAAGAAGAAGAGCAGCGCCGACGCGAGCGCCAAGAAGUCACAGUCGAACGAACAGCAGCCAAAAAACGAGAAAGUUGCCCUCCACGCACCAACACUAACAACAACAUCGUGGACGACCCUGUUUCCUAUGCAUCCUUGUGUGGUUACGGGGCCCUAUCAGGAGGGCAAUAGCAGUCCGACUUCGUCCACGAAUGGCAGCGCCAACAACAGCGCCAGCGCCAAUGGCAAUGGGAAUGGCCAGGGUGGCCAGGCUCCCACGCCAGGAGCGGGGCAGCAGCAGCAGCAGCAGCAGCCGCCGCCGCCGCCGCAGCAGCAGCAGACCUGAACCUGUCCGCCUAUCAGCGGCUCGGCAGAUCAUUCUACUGGUGAACAUCAGCAGCAACAGCAACAGCGUCAGCAUCAGCAACAGCAACAGCAUCAGAAUCAUCAUCAUCCUCAGGAGCAGCACUCCCCGCAACGGCGGGAACCGGGUGCGGUUCUAGUUCCAGUUCCAGUUCCACUGCUGCCCCAAGCACCGCCGCUCUAAUCUUAAGUCCCACACAAUGACUGAAAAUUCUCUCAAAGCUAAACCCAGUAAAUUAUUUUUGUAUAUGCGUCUGAUUUCGUGUGCCAUACGAGGAGAGGAGGAGGAGGAGAGGAAGAUCGGGAGAUCGGGAGAUCGGGAGAGUAAGGAGUAAGCAGCAGCAGGAGAAAGAAUGCGAAAGAGAGUUGGCGCUGCCAGUCCACCAUUCCACAGCACACACACACACACACACACACACACACCCCAAGCUACACACUGGAAGAAAAUCAACCACAAGAACAUGCAGCUAGUUUAAUAAAUCUAUCAACUUUAGUUUCUUAAGACCGGCGACAACAGCCGGCAGCCAGCAGCCAGCAGCCGGCAUCAGCAGCAGCAGCAGCAGCAGCAGCAGCAGCAACUGUUGUCCACUUAUGUUACGAGUAAAUUAGUAGUUUUUUUUCUAUGUUUAAAAGAAUGAACGGAGAAUGGAGUGAAGACGAAACGAAACUUAACGAAACAAUCACACUACAAACAAACAAACAAACUACAGAACAACAAAACGAAUACUAAAGGAAAACAAAGUAAAACAAAACAAAACACACACUAAAACUAAUAAUAAAACAGCAAAUGCUAAUGAAACGUUGCUUGAGUUUCUCUUGCGAGCAGAAACAAAAGGAAAAUACUAAGAGUUAGUGGAAGUUAAACAAAAAAAGAUCAUUGCCAAAAGUACAAAUAAACAAUUUUUUUAAAGAAACUAGAAAAACGUAAAGAAUUUCGCAACACACACAAAAACAAUAUACAUAGUUGGUAACAGAAACAGUUUUUACUAAAAAAAAGGAAAAGAAGAGAAGCCAAGUCGAUAAACUACACUACACUACACUACACCACACUAUACUACACUACAAAAGAAAAAGAAAGAGUACAGCUCCACCCAAGUUCCCACAAUUUGUCUGUCCCUUGGUGCUCGGGCUGCGUGGCCAGUGCCAAUCGGAUUCAAAUUGCUCCAAAGACAAAUGGGAGGCUGUUCCCCUUGCGGACGCUCAAGCAGAGCAGGCUUUCAUUUGGACUGCUUGAUUAACCGUUAACUCCAAUCCACACACCACACCCAAAGCAGAGGAGACAGCAGGGCCAGAGACGAAAGAUCAGUUAUUUUUUGAGCAGAGAGUGAGAGAGAGAGAGAGAGAGAGAGAGAUAUAGAGAGAAAGAGAGAGAGAGCGCGCGAGUGUGGGCGGCAUUAAAGCUAAAGCUGAGGAAAUGUAAGGCAGCAAGACAUUUUUUUUGUAACUUUAAUCGUAAUUUAAUCUUAGUAUAAGCAAAAUACACACACACACACACAAACACACGUGUCAGUUACAUAUAUAUUUAUUGAUAUUGAUGCGACCAAAAAAAAAAAAACAAUGAUCGCAAAGCAAAAGGUUUUACUGUAGUUAUUAUGAUUUUCCCAAGUGAGAGCUGUAAGUGUGGAUGGUAAAGAAAGGCAAGAAAGGCGAGAUUUCAUUUCAAAGGCAAAAGGAAACGUAAACGAAAACCCAAAAAGACUCGAAACCAAUCAAGUAUUAAGCACUAAACAACCAACAACAACAAAAACAAUAACUACUACAAAUUAACUAAUUUUUUGCCUACUCAUUUGUAAUGUAAUUGUUGUAUCCAUCCAAACAAACAAAACACAAAGACACAAAAAACAAAAAACAAAAAUUAGGAUGAAAUGAAGAUGAAGAUGGAAAUGAAAAUGAAAAUGUGGCAGCGCAACUGAAUUUCAAAUCAAAUUAGUGUAGACACAA